AUGAAGUUUUUCAUUUACACCUCUUUGAUUUUGCUAGUCUCUCGAUGUAGAGCAGACCUUCCAGUUGAAUUAAAGGAUUUCAAGAUGGUCCCAAGAAAAGCCUUGGACUCAAACAAAAUUAUCAGGAUUCCUUCGCUUGACGAAGACACAGAUUUAUCGUAUUUUGAUAAUAUAGACAACGUUAUUGUGAUCGAGGACACUGGAACAUUAGUUGUCAAUAAGCACAAGCUUAACACUGCGGAAAGAACAGGAGGUAACAUGUUUGCUUUCUUUCCUGACUUCAAACCUGAUAAGACAACAUGGUACGAAUUUAAGCCUGGAAAGUCAGACACUGUGUUGGGUCCCAGACUUCCAUUGAGUGGGUGUCUCAAUAGCAACUUUGGCGACGGUGGAUCUCUCGGAGGGUCCAUCUCGACAACUUUCGGAAAGACCGCUACUUUGGAUUUUCCAUGGGUUUGGGACUUGGCUGGUAUGGUUCUGGUCAAUCUAGACUGGAGUCCUGAAGUAGUUUCUUCGGUUUCCUAUCUGGGAUCCUAUUCUUGCAAUAUCGGUAAGGGAGAAACCGGACAGGUAUUCAUUCAGCCUUUCUUUAUUGAAGUUGGCAACCCUCAGUCAAGAACCAUAAAGAUCAAUAGAGGUAGAACUUUCACAAGUCCUUUUAGCAAAAAGCCAACACAUCUUGAGAUAGGAGAGUGGGGUCACCUAGGAAAGAAAAUCCGUCUCAACAGUCCUUUUGCCAUGCCAAUUUUCACCUGUACUACUGACCCUAGAUAUCUUGCUUGUGGUGCCAACAUUCUUGGUGAUUCCUACGCGUUUUAG